AUGUCUGGCAACAGAGUGCCUAACGAAGAGACUGAAAUGCGAAUAAGCGUCGCCAUGGCACCUGUUUAUGGCUCCGCCUACAAUUGGAAUUCCAAUUCUGGUUUGGAUUUGCAUCAGAGCUUUCUGAAUGUUGCUGAGAUGCUUGCAUUCAGUUCACCAUCGAAGCGAUGUGAGCCAACUAUUAGUGAGCAGCUGCGAUACUCAUUUCAAGUGAUUUAA